AUGGAUGCUGCCUCGCUACAGCUCGAUCGAUGGUUGAAGGAGCUUGGGGUCUCAGCGAGGCAUGUCCAAGCGAAGCUGGAGACGUCCACGGCCGAGCUGCUGCCGAUCAAGGACUCUGUGGGGCGCGUGUACUGGACUGCAGCGGGCAUGCUCUUGCCCUCGCGGCAGCUUCUCGAGGGGCUUGCACGGGCACUCCGCGGCUUCAUUCCGGGGCUCGAAGAGCGCCAUGCAGACCUGGCGGAUUCUUGCAGGCUCAUGUCGCAGCGCGUCGUGCAGCUGCGUGACUCGGGGAGCUUGGGCGUGGGCGAGCACGCGAAGUUGAUACCUCUGCUGGUGACAAGGUGCCGCGACCACUGUGGCAGGCUCGGCGCGCUCGCCAUACGAGAGUGCGCGCAGCCGAUGAUGGAAGCGAUGAGGGACGCGCACGCGGUGUGGGCGGCGGAGGAGGAUCCCUCGCUGGAGAUGCUCGCGCGCUCCAUCAUUGAAAUGUUCGAGACCGCAGUGCCCAUGAACCACAAGGUGCGCAAGGAGUUGGGUUUCGCGGUCACUGUGCUGGAGGGCGUCCCGGUCGUUGAUCGGACCUUCCCGUGGGGUGAAUACGAUCAUCCUGAUCGCUCCACGCUCGAGGAGAGACAGGAGGGUUUCGCGGAGGUGCAGCGCUUGCUGGAGAGCGUGGUCAACAGGACCUGCCACCCCGACAAGCGAGACGCUGCGAUGCCACCGCCCCAGCGCGAGCAGGCGGAGAUGGUGCGUCAGCUCGUCGACGGCAUGAGCAGCACGCAGGACAUCAUCUGGGACGUGCACAGGGCUGCGCAGGCCAUGGCUGCGGCGCUGGCAUUGCUCGAGGAGCACCAGUCCGAGGCUCACAAGGCGGUCAAGGCGCUCCUGAAGCAACUGGAGACGCUCGAUCCCCUCGGGCACAGGAGGGACUCGGCGGCUUCGCUGGAGCCGUCGGAGGGCAGUGAUGAAGAGGACCCUGUGGUGGACCGACCGCCGGUGGUGUACGAGGAGAGGGCCCCGCACGACGUAGCUUCAGCGUGUGCAAAGGCGGCCUUGGCUGUGGGGCUGUCCGCGUUCAUCAUCGGGAUCGCGCUGCUGGGAUGGCAGCUGGGUGCCGGUAGAAAAUUCCCCAAGGGCCCGGAUUUCUCAGGCGUGCUCGGGCUGAGCAAGUCCCUGUUCGUGUUGGGAGCGACGUGCAUCGUAUUAGCAGGCGCCUGUACCUACUUCGCGUUCCAGUACGGCCGUGCUGACCCGGAUCUCAGGCCUGACGUGAACAAGGAGGGUCGCGAGCGCGCAGCGAAGAGGACGGAGCCCGACGGUGGGCUUGAUAUCGAGAAGGCAGGCAGUAUCGUGAAAUCGCGAGGGUUGCGUCCGGAGACCCCGCCACCAGUGUUUUCAGACAACAAUGCCCGGCCUGGUGGCUCGGACAGCACUGUGGAUGUACAUAAGGCUGGGCCCAGAGCUGGCCUGCUCAGGGACGAGGAAUGGAGGAAGCGCCCCGGGUCGCGCGAGGCCUGGCCAGCCAACACCGCGAGGCAUCCCGCUGCGAAGAACCAGGCCGCGUCGGGGCUUCGGGCUGCGGCAGGACGGCAAGUGAACGGACCGGGCGGCGUGCCAGCUCAAGGCGGCGUGCCGGGCCAGGGGCGCUCGCUGACGGUCACUCAAGGAGCUGGAAAGGGGGGUGUCAUGAUAGAAUACGAGGAUCCCUUCCGGGACCUGUGA